AUGCGCGCGCCGCUAGCAGCCGCGGCCUACGCCGCAUUACUUCUGUGCUCCCCUGGUGCCCUGGUACUCUGCCAUCAGGACGAGAGAGGAUAUCAAGCUGAAGACGGGUACCACGAUGAUGCUUUAGAUGUUUUAGACGGUAAUUCCCCGUGUCCUACAGAGCGACUCCUGCGCACGAGAGGUACCUGCAGAGUCGGCGGUGCUGACAUAGAAUGCAUCAAAUUGCGCUGUUGCGACACACAUGUCCACUACGCUGGAAGGUGCAUACCGAAAUCCGUGGACCCGUGCAGUUUGCAGCUGUGUGAGCAAGCUUGCGAGGUGAGAGGCGAGAAGGUCUGGUGCACUUGCCACAGUGGGUACCAGUUCCAUUCAGAUAACUACCGCAGGAAAACUCAACCGUAUUGCGUCGAUGUUGACGAAUGCGCUUCUGACAACGGUGGUUGUGAGCAGCAUUGUGUGAACGACCCUGGCGGCUACCACUGCGAGUGUUCACCGCCUUCGUUCCUCGCUAGAAAUGGGAAGAACUGUGAGAGACGAGUUUCUAUCACAAUACCACCAGAGCCUCUGCCGUUGGUGAGAGCUUCUUCACGAUGUUAUGCACCAUGCGACACUGUGACCUGGCUCUCAAGGAAAGUGAAACAGCUAAACGACCAGCUGCGUACUACACAGUCUGCUUUGAAAACGUUAAUGGAAAAUCCUAUCUUCAAAGAUGGAGGUGAUCGUUUUGCUGAAGGCUCCUACGCGUACAAGGUUUUAGAUUCAACAGCACCCUUAGAAGGGGGCUACUGUCGAUGUGAGAGAGGACCUAGGGGUCCUGCAGGGCCUCCGGGUAUGGAAGGUCCGAAAGGUGACAGCGGACCAAGAGGACCACGUGGACCGCGUGGACCCAAAGGCUCCUUAGAUCUGAUGCUCCUCAUGAUAGCAGACUUGAGACAUGAUAUCCAAAAUAUAGAAGCCAAAGUUUAUAAAGACGGGGAACGGCCAGAAAGAUUCAACUUGCAAAACGCAUGGCGACGGCAACGCAAACAGGAAAAACUAGACAAGGAGAGCAAGACGGAGCAGGAGCUGGAAGCGUUCACCGCACCGCCGAUAGAGGGACAUGUGGAUAUCACGCCUAACGGUCAAAGUGGCGAAAUACUACACGAGUCUACUACAGACUGGAAUUUGGUCAAGGGAGAACCCGAUAGUUCAGAUCUGCCACUAGGGUUGAAAGACGAUUUAGUGACCUUGGAGAAACUUCGGCAAUACCAUAUACUGGGGAACAUAACGAGUGCUGAGGACGACGGAGAAGAAACAGAUGAUUAUGAUUACAGCUUCUACUAG